AUGGCGUCGUAUCUGGAACAUUCGUACAGUCUGGUGCACCAGGACAAUCCUGCUGAUCAGCCCACGCUGCAGGACUUGAAGACGCAGCUCGAGAAAGGAACAGAUGAAUCGAAAAUAGAUACCAUGAGGCGGAUAUUAAUCGUUAUGUUGAACGGGGAUCCAAUGCCCCAGCUACUCAUGCAUAUCAUUCGCUUCGUUAUGCCAUCCAAGAGCAAGCCGCUGAAGAAGCUCCUCUAUUUUUACUACGAAAUCUGCCCGAAGCUGGAUAGCAGCGGGAAGUUGAAGCAGGAGAUGAUCUUGGUUUGCAACGGCAUCCGGAAUGACCUACAACAUCCAAACGAAUAUAUCCGCGGUAACACGCUUCGAUUUCUAUGCAAACUUAGAGAACCAGAACUCCUCGAGCCCCUAUUGUCCUCUGCGCGUUCUUGUCUAGACCAUCGACAUGCAUAUGUGCGGAAAAACGCUGUCUGGGCCAUUGCCUCUAUAUUCCAACACUCCGAGUCCCUGAUCCCCGAUGCUCCAGAGCUCAUCCAGGCAUUUUUGUCGUCGGAGAAUGACCCCACCUGCAAACGUAACGCCUUUGCCGCACUAGUUACGAUAAGCCAUCAGAAGGCGCUAGAGUAUCUCAGCUCUACGUUCGAUAAUGUUCCAAAUGCUGAUGAAUUGCUUCAACUUGUCGAAUUGGAAUUUAUUAGGAAGGAUGCUAUUCAAAAUUCCCAGAACAAGGCCAAAUAUCUCCGAUUGAUUUUUGACCUGCUGGAUGCAGGGGCCAGCACCGUUAUCUACGAAGCCGCAACGUCACUGACGGCACUCACGAGUAAUCCGGUGGCUGUAAAGGCGGCUGCGUCGAAAUUGAUCGAAUUGAGCAUCAGAGAGGCCGACAAUAACGUCAAGCUUAUAGUACUCGAUAGAGUCAAUCAGCUGCGGAUACGGAAUGAAGGCGUUCUAGAUGAUUUAACCAUGGAAAUUCUGCGAGUUCUGUCAAGUCCCGAUAUCGAUGUUCGACGAAAGGCGUUGGGCAUCGCAAUGGAAAUGGUGUCUAGCAAGAACGUCGAGGAAAUUGUCAUGCUCUUGAAGAAGGAACUCACUAAAACUGUUGACGAGCAAUAUGAGAAGAACAACGAAUAUCGACAAUUGCUUAUUCAGUCGAUACAUCAGUGUGCAAUUAAAUUUUCUGAAAUUGCAGCAAGCGUUGUUGACCUUCUCACAGAUUUGAUCGCUGAUUUCAACAACAACUCCGCCGUAGACGUGAUCUCCUUCGUCAAGGAAGUAGUUGAGAAGUUCCCCAAACUCAGACCAUCCAUUAUUGAGCGCCUAGUGGCCACGCUCAGUGAGGUGCGGGCAGGUAAAGUUUACCGGGGCGUUCUGUGGGUGGUUGGAGAGUAUUCCCUUGAAGCCAACGACAUCAGAGAAGCAUGGAAGCGCAUUAGAGCCAGCCUUGGGGAGAUCCCCAUUUUGGCCUCCGAGCAACGUUUGCUCGAUGAAGCUCUCGAAGAAAAUGCCCCGCAAAAAGAUCAAGUGAACGGCCAUUCCAAGCCAUCUGCUCCAAGUGGGUCAAGAGUGUUGUCAGAUGGCACAUAUGCCACUGAGAGCGCGCUUACCAGCCAGUCAAGUGCCGCUGCCAAAUUAGAGACCGUCAAAGCUGCACAGAAACCGCCGCUACGUCAACUUAUCCUAGAUGGAGAUUAUUAUCUUGCCACAGUCCUAUCAUCAACACUAACAAAGCUUGUUAUGAGACAUUCGGAGGUCUCUCAAGAUACUGCCAGGACCAAUGCUCUUCGCGCUGAGGCAAUGCUUAUCAUGAUCUCUAUAAUUCGAGUUGGACAAUCCCAAUUUGUCAAGGCCCCGAUCGACGAAGACUCCGUAGAUAGAAUCAUGUCAUGUGUACGGUCCCUUGCCGAAUUUUCCAAGCACAAAGAAUUGGAAACGACCUUCCUUGAGGAUACUAGACAAGCAUUCCGUGCUAUGGUUCAGGUCGAAGAAAAGAAACGGGCAGCGAAGGAGGCAGAUGAAAGAGCCAAGACCGCCGUCCAAGUCGACGACACGAUUCCCAUCCGCCAACUUGCAAAGAAAUCGGCCGAAGAAGGGGCUGAUGAAAUCGAACUUGACCUUGCCAAAGCCACUGGUGGUGAUUCCAUUUAUGGAGACCUGCCAUCUAAACUGAGCCGGGUUGUACAACUCACUGGUUUCUCCGAUCCGGUCUAUGCUGAAGCAUAUGUUAAAAUUCAUCAGUUUGACAUCGUUCUGGAUGUCUUGCUGGUCAACCAAACGACAGAGACUCUGCAAAACUUGUCGGUAGAGUUUGCGACCCUUGGCGACCUCAAGGUCGUUGAGCGCCCAACAACACAGAAUCUCGGACCCCACGACUUCUUAAAUGUACAAGCAACAGUCAAAGUUUCAUCAACGGACACUGGUGUGAUUUUUGGGAACGUCGUGUACGAUGGACCCAGUUCCACGGAGACACAUGUUGUGAUCCUGAAUGAUGUCAAAGCAGAUAUCAUGGAUUAUAUCCAUCCCGCACACUGCACCGAGACCCAAUUUCGGACCAUGUGGACAGAAUUUGAAUGGGAAAACAAAGUCAAUAUUAACUCCAAGGCGAAGUCCUUGAGAGAGUUCCUCCACCAGCUCAUGGAGAGCACAAAUAUGAGCUGUUUGACGCCGGAAGCAUCGCUUGAAGGAGAUUGUCAAUUCUUGAGUGCAAAUCUUUACGCUCGGAGCGUUUUUGGUGAGGAUGCUCUCGCAAAUCUCAGCAUUGAGAAACAAGGCGAAAACGGACCAAUUACUGGGUUUGUACGUAUCCGAAGUCGAUCGCAAGGGCUGGCGCUUAGUUUGGGUUCUCUCAAAGGUCUGAAGGCCAAUGCUGUUUAG